AUGGGGUCUGCCACAACUGGAAGUUCAACUACAACUGAGGGAUCAACAAAUAUAAUUGCAGGGUCUGCAACAACUGGAAGUUCAACUACAACUGAAGGAUCAACAGCAACAGUUGCUGUGUCAACUACAACUAUUACUACUACUACUGCAGCUCCCAAAUCAGCUCUAUACAAUGUAGAGGCAACCUUGGUCGAAUCAUUUGUACCAGAACUCAAUAAUCCCAGCAGUGUACAAUAUCAAACUCUUGCCAAAAGAGUUGUGGCAUUGUGUGAUUUCGUCUACAGGGCAAAAUAUGGUUUGCUUUUCAUCCGCUGUUUUGUCAUAGAGUUUAGACCAGUUGCAGCCACAACACGAGUGGAAAACACUGAAGUAGAACUGGGGAUUGAGUUCAAUCAAACUGCUUCAUCUGCAGAAAUACCAGAGGCUGCUGAUGUUGUCCAAACCUUAGUAGACUCCGUGUCUAACCCCAACAAUACCUUCAACCUCACUGUUGAAACCAACUCCAUCCAAAUAGUUCAAAGAAACACUACAUCAAAUUCAACUGCAGCCCCCUCUUUAAAUACCACUAUUACUACAGCUGCUGCAAAAACAACUACCAAGACUGCAACGACUCCUACAACCACCACAUCAACUACUACAACUGUUGAGGCAAUCACCAUAAGGCGGCUGACUUUCAGAUCUGCUGGAGAGACAUUUACAAGUGACUUGUUGAGUCCAUCAUCUGCAGCAUUUCAAAGUCGAGCCUCACUGAUAAAAUCAGAUCUCAAACCUGUCUACCAAAAUACAUUCUCUUCAUUCCGCUCCUUCACAGUGAUUUCAUUCAGUAAUGGAUCAAUCAUCAACAACAUAGACCUUGGAUUUGCAUCUACAUCUGUUCCUAGUAAUACUCAGAUUGCAAAUGUUUUGGUCAAUGCAGCUUCAAAUGUCACAGCCUUCAACAUUGACACCACAUUUAUUUCUGUGGAUGGUGCAGAAGUUUCAAGUGGAGUAAGCCACAAGACCAGUCUCAUCACUGCUUCCUGCCUGGUACUGCUGUCAUGGCUACUGUCAAGCCAGCAAUAAUGUCUCUGCUGACGUCCACAUCCAUGUGAAAUGCCAUUUAGAAAACCACUGGUAUGAAAAAGGACGUUGUUCCCAUUACAUCUAAUUUUCCAUUAGAUUUCUGAGGAUCUCAUUUGUUAUAUGGCUUGGAAAGAACUUCCAGAUAUUAAAGUUGGGAUGACCCCCCCCCCCCCACAACAUGAAAUGUAUGAAAUCUGAAGGAUAUCCUGUAUGAUUAUCCAGUCACUUAUUUAUAUGUAUUUAUAUUAUUAUACAUGUGUAUAUUUGCUUUUUGUGGUGAUGCUCUGGAUUGUGAAGGUAAUCUUCUGUAGCCUCUUAACAUCCACCCUUUUUCUGGAAUUUUCGGCCAUUUGACAUACCAAAAUGGAAAAGCCCAUAACAGAAGACAAAACUGUAAGGCCAAAAUGCAUGUAUUAGGCUUCAUUUGAAAAGUAACAUCUUCUAAUUUCUGGAAAUGUGCUUGUUUAGCAUGUGGCUAAAACACAACCAAAAUUACAUCAGUUCAAAUAUGGCUCAAAAAAGUGUUUUUCGUCCUUGUCUAUAAUGAAUGAUAUUUGAAUACCAAUAACUAGGACAUGCUUCAUGCCAGAAUUAUGCAACUCUCCAUAUACCUUCUACAUCUUGUCAACCACUCCUGUAUACAAUUCCAGACCUCUAGGCCUAACCUUAAGGGAGCUAGGGAGUUUUUAGUUUGAGGCGUCACUGGUGUCCCCGAACCUCUCCAACACAUCUUCAGGUGGCCAAAUUGUGCUAGUUGCCUUUACUCAUUACUGUGUGAUGCUAAGACACUUGCAACUGGCUUAAGCGGGUCGCUGGCGACCCAGAUGAUGUUAAGAGGUUAACAGCAAGAUAGAUUAUUUUGUGAUUUGUAUAACCAAAUAUUAUUCAAAAUGCUGUAAUGUGAACCUUUCUGUUGUCUCCGAAUGCAUGUAAAUAAAUUUGCUAUUGUAUCAAGUAAAACCAACGUUUAAGUUUUAUCUGAUACAAUAGCAAAUUUAAAAAGCAUAAUAAAGCAUAGACUGCACAGACGUGUUUUAAAGUGUACAAGUGUCUUAAAUUAAAUGAAGGAACACAUGCUACUUAGAGCAGGCUGCAUAUUGCAAUUUUAACCUAUGCAUAGACUAGUAUCAAAGGUCGUGGUAUACAUAAUAUAUAUGUCAAAACAAUGUACAGUCAAUUUUCUUAUUUAUACAAAGUGUAUUUAUGUAACCAUGCACAGCUGUA